AUGGCUGCCCAAGUGGACCACUCGAACCCCAUUACGCUCUCGCGCUUCAUCUUGGGCGAGAAGGAAAUCCAGGGAAACGCCGACCUCAGUGUCCUCUUCACGUCCAUUGAACUCGCCUGCAAAGUCAUUGCCAGCGCUGUGCGACGCGCGGGUCUCACGGGUCUCUACGGACUCGACGGCUCGGAAAACGCCACGGGGGACCAAGUGAAGAAACUGGACGUCCUGUCCAAUGACAUUUUCAUCAACUCGCUCAAGUUCUCGACCAAAAUCGAAGUGAUGGUCUCGGAGGAAGAAGAGGAGCCGAUUUACGUGGAACACGCGACCGAAGGCACGAAAUACUGCAUUGCGUUUGACCCACUGGACGGGUCGUCGAACAUUGACUGCAACGUGUCCACGGGCACGAUCUUUGCCAUCUACCAGCGCGACGCUUCGUCCGAGGGAGGGUACAAGGAUAUCCUGCAGCCCGGCAGCAAACUAGUGUCUGCUGGAUACUGCAUGUACGGUAGCUCGACGCAGUUGGUGCUGACGUGGGGCAAGGGCGUGCACUGCUUUACGCUGGACCCCACGAUUGGCGCCUUUAUGCUCUCGCAGACCAACAUUCGAAUCCCAGACGAGCCCAAGACGAUCUACUCGUGCAACGAAGGCAACUAUGCCCACUGGGACCGCGCCACCAAGGCAUUCGUCGACGAGUGCAAGACCAAGGCCACUCCUUAUGCAGCCCGUUACGUCGGUAGUAUGGUGUCCGACAUCCACCGCACCAUCCUGUAUGGAGGCAUUUAUCUUUACCCGGGAAGUGAAAAGAGCAAAGACGGUAAGCUGCGUCUUCUGUACGAGUGCAACCCCAUGUCUUUCAUCAUGGAGCAGGCUGGAGGUAUGUCGACCACCGGCACGGAGCGGAUUCUUGAAUUAAGCCCCUCGCACAUCCACCAACGCUCGCCAAUCUUUUUGGGCUGCAAGCGAGACGUUCAGCGGGUCAUCAACUUGUACAAGGAGUACAGCGAGGCUUGA